AUGUUCCUCAAACGUUGGAGUGAAGAACAGAGCAACACUGCCUCAAAGGACCUGUUCAAAAGGCGGUCUGAAGACCUGCCUGUGGUCCAAAGUCCUCUGUUUCAGGGCCCCUUCCAGAGUCACUUACAGUUCUUCAUGUGGAAGGAGCUACUGCAGGUGGUGGAGCCGAGGCCAGAUCUCCUCAAGCUACGAGACGACAACAGCUCCCUCACUGUGUCUGAAGACAAGAGGAGCUUCCACUAUGCACCUGAGAGCUGGAGGCAACCACCAUUAUCUAUGGAUCUGAUGAAUUAUGGUCACAGGUUGGGAUGCUUGGUGGGGGGCUCUUUGGUCAAGCGGUGUGUGAACGUUCCUCAAACCUUUCCCUUGUUCAGCACCAAUGAGUUCUCCAAUGGGCAGCACUACUGGGAGGUGGAGGUGGGGCAGAGGAGCUUCUGGUGUGUGGGCGUCACAAAUCACUUCCUCAAAUUUGAAAAUCAGAAGUAUUUUUCCUGUAAACGUGAUAAGAGCGUGGAGGUUUCUCUCAGAGGUGUUCUCCGGAGGGUGGGGGUUUACCUGGACUGCUCCUCUCCAGGUCUCUCCUUCUACGACGCAGAGUCCAUGAAGCAGAUUGUCUCGGUGGACUGCACAGGCCUGGUAUUCCCUGUGUCUGCGUACUUUAACAUCCAGCAGAGAGAGCCAGACAAAAACCCCAUCAUUAUCUGUCGCUACUGAACCACAGAUGAUCUGUCUGUGGACAUGACAUUGCCCCUGUCUGUAAAUGUUGUUGUCAUGGUCGUCAUUAAGGCUUUAAAAUGUUAUAUUAACCUGCUGUACUCGAUUCUGGUGUUUUUAUUUCACUAUUGUAUGUGCAAAUCAUAUGAACAUUAAUAACAGACAAAUUUGGUGCCUUCCUUCCUCUGAAUGAGGGUAUAAAGUGCAUGUCUGUUCAUUCUGUGAUGUAAUGGCAUGUUUCUUCCACUAGAGGGAGAUGUCAUCCUGUUUAGUGGUUCUGGGCCGUCGUGUGUAAAUGUGAACACUUAUGUCAGGCAUGUCCAAAGUAUGACCCGGGGGCCAAGUGUGGCCCUCAGACACAUUUUUCUUGGCCCUCAGGCUUCCAGGUGAAUUGGCCUUGCAUCAAUUAAAAAAAUAUUUUUUAGUGCAAGUUUUUUGAAAAUCUACCUUGAUAAAGCAAAUAUUUCAUAUUUAGUGUUUAGUGGUUAUAUCAGUGUGAAUACAGACUGAUGGCUCAGUAUAAUGUGUUAAACCUGCACAUAUUUCUAUUAUUCACUGUAUUGAGCAUCAGUCAGUUUAGAUAUGUGGCCCUUGAUGAAAAAUGUUUGGACACUCCUGACUUAUGUGAUUAUUAUUACAUAUUGUGUUUGUCUCUAUUCAGUUUAUUUAUUUAUUUUUUUCUAGAGACCAAAAUUACAAAAGCAGUGAGACAUUGCAGGUGAAUUGAUAAAAAAAAAAAAAAAAAACAUCUCAGAUUUAGAGAUUUCCAUUUAGUCUAGGCAAAGCAACUUAUUUUGGAG